CCCCGUGUCACUCUUACUCUCAGAGUGGUUUGUCAUGGGCGCUGUAUUAGAUGAAGUGUUGGGGUACACUCCUCCGGAUGGCGGCUGGGGCUGGGUGGUGGUUUUCGGGGCCUUCAUUUCCAUCGGCUUCUCCUAUGCUUUUCCCAAGGCCCUCACCGUCUACUUCAAGGAGAUCCGGAAGCACUUCGGCGUCUCCUACAGCCAGAUCGCCUGGGUGUCCUCCAUCAUGCUGGCCGUUAUGUAUGCAGGAGGUCCGAUCAGCAGCAUCCUGGUGAACCGGUACGGCUGCAGGCCGGUGGUCAUCACAGGGGGGAUCAUGUGUGGAGUUUCGAUGGUGGCGGCAUCUUUCAGCACCUCCAUCACACACCUCUACAUCUGUGUGGGGAUCGUUGGAGGCCUAGGACUCUCCUUUAACCUCCAGCCGUCUCUGACCAUAAUCGGAAGGUACUUCCAGUCCAGGAGACCCAUUGCCAAUGGCCUCGCCAUGGCGGGAAGUCCAGUGUUCCUCUGCACUCUGGCGCCUCUUAACCAGUUCUUGUUUGAUCGUUUCGGCUGGAGAGGGGGCUUCUUCAUCCUCGGGGGCAUGCUCCUGAACUGCUGCGUUGCUGGAUCUCUGAUGAGGCCUUUAAGCAUUGCAAUCAAACCCCAGUCCAAUGAAGCUGAAAUGCUGAAAAGCUCCAGUGGAAACGCAGUCAUCAGCCAAUCCAGCGAUCAGGAGUCCAAGAAUCACAGAAGGGGCUGCAUACACAGCAUCAGCUGCUGCACGAAUCUUUCCCUCUUCCGGCACCGCGGCUUCAUCAUCUACCUGAUUGGAAACAUGGUGAUGUUCUUCGGCUUCUUCUCCCCCAUGAUCUUCCUGGCGCCGUACGCCAAGUACCGAGGCGUGGACGAGUAUUCGGCCGCCAGCCUGCUCUCAGCCCUGGCACUUGUGGACAUGUUCGCUCGACCCGGAACGGGCAUGCUGGCCAACACCAGGUGGAUCCGGCCCAGGGUCCAGUACCUCUUCAGCUUCGCUAUUACGUACAAUGGCGUCUGCCAUCUGCUGUGUCCGCUGGCGUCGGGCUACUGGGGGUUGGUGGCGUAUGCGGUCUGCUACGGCCUGGUGUACGGAAUGGUGUGCGCAUUGCUCUUCGAGUGCCUGAUGGACCUGGUUGGACCUUGCAGGUUCUCUAAUGCCGUGGGACUGGUCACCAUCCUCGAGUGCUGUCCGGUUCUGCUGGGACCACCCAUCGCAGGAGCUCUGGUGGACAUGUUCGGAGACUACAGCUACAUGUUCUACCUUUGUGGAGCCGUGAUGCUCACCGCCGGCCUGUUCCUCUUCAUCAUGAACUUCUUCAACUACAGGCGGAUGGACCGGCGGGCGAAACGUGCCCAGGAGAAGAGCCUGGAGCUGCGGGAGACUACAGGACAGUGUAGGGUCCGACAGGGGGACCUGGUUGUGGAGGAAGAAGACCUUAUUCAAAGCCAUGCAGAAAACAGUGGGACAAUUCAGGACAAAGCAGAGAAAGAAGACAAUGCUGUGUAAAAAAAAAAAUUCUUGAAUGUUUUAUUGAAUUUUAUCUUCAAUAUUUUAUGUUCUAUGGAAUUUUAAUUAUUGUCCAAUAUUUGCCCAUUUACUCCUAUUCAGUUUUUUAGUGCAUUCAAGCCUUUUCUAGUUGCUGUAACUUCAAAGAAUCAUUCUUUUUUUAUUUAUUAAGAAAUAUAGUAGGAACAGUCAUUUUAGUUAAUCUUUAUCACGUUUAUAGUUUAUUUAAAAUACUAUAUGCAACAUUAUCUUUAUAAGGGGUAAUAAUAAUAAUUAUAAUAACAGUAAUAAUAAUUAUACUUUGUAAUAAUAAUGGAGCACAUUUUAAUGCUAUUUACAAUAAAUACAAAUAAAUCUCUCUUUUUUUUUAAAGAAGCCUAUUUUUUACCAGUCUAAUUAAAAUACCAC